AUGGAGAGCCGAGUCGAUUUAUCAGUGCCUUCCAACUUGCCACUUGGGAUACAGUAUCAAUUAAAUGAGCUAAUUCAAGAUUACAAACAAGAAAACCUUACCAUUAAGGGUUACCAGACAAAGCGGAGGCAACUUCUGGAGAAUUAUGAACUACAGACAAAUUCUUCAAAAAUAUCUCUCUCAUCGUCUCUUUACUCAAGGGAUACUUCUACAAUAGAUCUAGAAAGGCCAAAUGAUCCUUCAAGGUUUUCCAAUAGCCGACCUACUUCAAGCUAUGUAACUUCUACGAAAGGUAAAGAGAGGCAGACUAACACCCAUUAUAGAUCAUUUAGCGAUGAUCUUAUGACUAGUCCCAACUAUAAUACAACUUCGAGACUUUCUAACAUAAUUGCACAUAAGACAAUGAGACAAAAUUCAGUUUACAGGGUCACAACUAUGAAUUCUGCAUCCAAGAACAGUUUACCGUUAGCUUCGCCAGCCAAGUUCAAAAGAAAAUCUCAAUAUUCACUGGCAUCUUCUGUCGAUGAUGCAAGCUUGUCAGGCCAAUCGGAGAUGGAAGGAUCUUACACACCAAUGAUUCCUCUACUUCCACGGAAACCUUCUUAUGUUAGCCCUGAAAACAAAGAGGUAGAAACUAUAGCGAAAGAGUUCCUUCCAUCCAUCUUAAGAAAACGUUUUGAAUAUUUCAACGGCCAAACUGCUAUGAUAAGUAUUAAUAACAAAGGAAAAGAAACAUUUAUAACCUGGGAUAAAUUAUAUUUAAGAGCUGCCAAAGUGGCACAUGAAUUAACCAAAGAACAGUUGUACAAAAUGGAUAAAGUUUUACUGUGGUAUAACAUGGAGGAUUCUAUUGAAUUUGCUGUUGCACUCUUUGGCUGUUUUAUAGCUGGCAUGGUGGCUGUUCCAGUUUCUUUCCAAACAUAUUCUUUAAGUGAUAUUAUUGAAAUUAUACGCAUGACUGGCGCGAAGUUAAUAUUAAUUUCUAAUAAUUGCCAAAAACAAUUAGAUAAUCUACACUCAACUUCCAAUCACAAUAAAGUUAAACUUGUAAAAAGUGAAGUCUUCAAAAGUGUGAAAUUCUUAAAAACCGAUGACCUAGGAAUUUAUUCCAAGGCGAAGAAAUCUGUACCCAUUUUUGAGACCCCCAACAUAAUGUACAUUGAAUUUACUCGUACUCCUCUGGGAAGAUUGUCCGGUGUAGUCAUGAAACAUAAAGUACUCAUGGAUCAACUCUCACUAUUAGCUUUAAUUCUUAACUCUCGAGUGAUGCCUCAUUGGAAGAGGAAGAACAAUGUUAUCGUGCCUCUAAAACAGAAAUCGCUCAAUGUAACAAGUGUUGCUGACAGAUUUGUAGUAAUGAGUAGUCUAGAUCCUACCAGAUCUUCGGGAUUAAUUUUUGGUGUCCUGUUCAACUUAUUUUCCGGUGCUUUACUGAUUGCAGCUAAUAGUCAAAUUUUACAAACACCAGGUGGUUAUGAACACCUCAUUGACAAAUACAGAGCAGACGUUCUUUUAAAUGAUCAGUUACAACUUAAGCAAGUGGUCAUAAAUUAUUUAGAAAAUCCAGAACUAACAUUAACGAAGAAACACAAAAUCGACUUUAGUUGUAUCAAAUAUUGCUUAACUUCGUGUAAUACUAUUGAUACUGAUGUGACUGACAUGGUUAUACAUAAAUGGCUAAAAAACUUGGGUUGUAUUGACGCCUCUUUGUGCUAUUCUCCUAUGCUAACACUUACAGAUUUUGGUGGUCUCUUUUUUUCUUUAAGGGAUGAACUGGGCAAUCUUGAUAACUUUCCAGUCCAUGAUUCUAAGCUGAGAUUACAAGAUGAACUGUAUAUUAGCAGAGAAAAAUUGAAGAAGAAUAUCAUCGAACCCAGUGUUACCGCUAUGAUAAACUCUUCAUCAUCUUUUAAAGAUUAUUUAAAGGUUGAGCCUUUUGGGUUUCCAAUUCCGGGUAGUAUUCUCUGUGUUGUUGAUCCAGAUGAUAAUACCUUGGUCAAUGAUUUAACAGUUGGUGAAAUUUGGAUAUCUUCUGAUAAGCUAACAGAUGAAUUCUAUCAAAUGGACAAAAUAAAUGAAUUUGUGUUCAAAGCGAAAUUAAAUUUCAAUAAAAUGUUCGCAUUUGCUAAAUCAGAUGAAUAUAUUGAUACAAAUGAUGACUUUAAAAAUUCUCUAGAAAGGGUAGAAACAAUAUACAAUAUUUGCCCAAAAGCAACACAUUUUCUAAGGACAAAAUUAAUGGGUUUUGUAUUCAAUGGUAAAAUAUAUGUGCUAUCGUUAGUUGAAGACAUGUUCUUACAAAAUAGGCUAGUUAGACUGCCAAACUGGGCACAUACAUCAAAUUUACUACAUACAAAACCGGAAAAAAAGGAUAAGAAUUAUACAUCAGAGCUCAAGGAUAGUGCCCAAUCCUCCCUUCAUACAAGAAAUAGGGAAGAAAAUAAGAAGUUAAUUAAACGUUCUGUGGAAUCUCAUUAUUUACAGCAAAUAACAGAAACACUUGUCAGGACUGUUAACACUGUGUUUGAAGCAGUAACAUUCGAAUUAAAUCACCAUAAGGAAGAACAUUUUCUUGUUCUUGUUGUCGAAAGUUCCUUAGCAAGAGAUCCAAGGAGAGUAAAUUAUGACAAGGACGAACAUUUGCUAGAGAUAUCGAAUAAGGAGAAAUUCAACACUGAAAAGAAAAUGAAUGAAUUAACAGAUCAAAUAUUCAGAAUUUUAUGGAUUUUUCAUAAAAUCCAGCCCAUGUGUGUUCUGGUUGUACCUCGAAAUACCUUACCUAGAAGAUAUUGUUCAUUAGAAUUGGCCACCAGUACAGUUGUUAAAAAGUUCUAUAAUGGUGAGUUGGAUGCUAGUUUUGCAAAAUUCCAGUUUGACAAUGUAAUCCUGGAUUAUAUUCCCCAUUCUUCAUACUAUAAUGAGAGCAUUUUUUCCGAACAUUUGUCUGCAUUGAGGUUUAAGGCCUUGAAAGAGGCAAUAGAUGUAAGACAAGAUGACAGUAUGCCUUAUGAAAAUGACAAUUGGCAAGCAUCUGGGAUCAAUUUCAAGGACUUUUCCAUCGAUGAUAAAUCUGGAAAAUCUAUGAAAUCUUUUCAUUCUAUUUUGGAAAUUCUUGAGUUCAGAAUAUCUGCUAGUCCAAAUGAUCUUGCCUUCAACGAUGGAGGCAGUUCCUCUAAGACAACCUCAGGUAAUACAUCCAAUAAUAUACACAAAAAAGUAUCUUGGAAGGCUUUCGAGGUGAUUUGUGCGUCUUUCCUUAGGAAAAUAGUGGUCUCCAAGACACCUUUAAAACCAUCUGAUUGUGUUAUAAUAAUGGCAGACAAUUCUGUUGAAUAUAUUGCAAUGAUAUAUGCUUGCUUCUAUUGUAAUUUUAUUGUUAUUCCUGUACCUUCAGUUACAGUUGAAAAUGCUAACAAAAUUAUUGGACCUCUUGUUAAAAUAAUAAAAAACUAUAAGGUUAAGAGAAUUUUUAUGGAUGCCAAAAACUAUGUCCUGGUCGAUUCGCAUAAUAUUGUCUCUAAAAUUUUUAAAACAUACAAGCAAAACUUUCCCAAAAUUACUGUAUUUUCAAAAGUGAAAAGAAAGAAUACCCUGACACUUUCAAUUUUUAAGAAAACAUUAAGAGAGAAAUAUAGUUUAAAAGGAAAAAAACAUAAUAACUCACCAUGUUUUGUUUGGACAAACCUCAUGUCUUCGACUGAACAAGACAUACACCCAACUAUGACACACUCAACAUUUUUGAAAACAUGUAAAAUACUGAAGGAGACCUUGAACAUGUCCAAUGAUAGAGUCAUAUUUUCUUUGUGUCCAGAUUCUUCCAUUUCAAGUUUUACUAUAAAUAAUCUGUUGGGUGUUUUCAUCGGUUGCCCAACGAAUUUAUUCAAUAUUUCCGACUUUAAAAACGAUCCAGUGGAUUUCUUGAUUGGUAUACAAAAUUUGAACGUGAAGGAAAUCUACCUUCCUCUUUCUGUUCUAUCAACUGUUCUCGAGAAAGCGAACCAACUGCUAGAAAAUAACAAAAAGGCAGGUUAUCAAAAUACCACAAAGAAAAACUCAAACUCGACCUCUCUACUACGUUCGGAUUUCUUGAGAAAUGUUCAAAAUCUUAUUAUACCAUUUUCUGGAAGACCAAAUAGCGCGAUGAUAGAAAAGCUAUUGAAGAGGUACUCUAACGUAAUGAUAAGUACUAACCAAAUUUGCUGCACAUAUGAACAUAAAUUUAACCCAAUAAUUUCAAUGCAGACAGGAAUAGAUACCAUACCAAAGUAUAUGUAUCUUGAUCCCACAGCUCUCAGAGAGGGCAUUAUAGAUGAGAUAUCCUUAACAGAAGUUGGGAGUGAAGGAUAUAUUAGGAUUCAGGAUUCAGGUUGUGUACCCUACUGCACUGAUGUAACAAUUGUCAAUCCAGAAACAGAAGUACCUUGUAUCGAUGGUGAGUAUGGUGAGAUAUGGUGCUGUUCGGAGGCUAACGUUUACAGUUAUUAUUUAUCAGACAAAAAGCUUCGAAAAGAUCCAUUCAUUACCAGUCAAUUCAGUAGCAAGUUAAAGGGUGAAGCUGAUAAAGGUUUGACAUAUUUAAGGACUGGUGACUUUGGAUUCAUUAAAAGUGUGAAUUUCGUAGACCAUAACGGUGUCUUGAACCGUAAAAAGCUGUUGUUUAUACUUGGAAGCAUGAAUGAAACCGUCGAAAUAUUAGGUUUGACGCACUUUGUGAUUGAUUUGGAGCAGACAGUGAAAAAUGUUCAUAGCUCGAUCAGUGAUUGCUACAUCGCCAAAAUGGGUGGACUACUUGUCUGUUUAAUUAGAACAAGGGAUAGGCUACUAUCAAAAUAUGCAAAUUUAUGCGCACUGAUCACUUCAUCUCUUUUAGAUAAACAUGGCGUAAUAUUGGAUAUGUGUGCUUUCGUCAGAGUACCUAAAUUUAAUGACUCUACUAGCCCUGCACCUCCCAAUUGGUCCAAAGAAAGGCUAUCACUAUUUAAGAGAUGGCUCCAAUGUGAGUUACAAAUUGAUAGUCAAUUUGGAAUUAAUUAUGGUGAAAAUAUCUCCAUGUAUCUACUUUCUGAGUUUGAAAAUAAUUAA